AGACAGUUUUAUGUUCUGUCCAAACGUGGUGAAUCGAGUGCUGAAUCUCUUUCUGUAGGAACCCUCGAAAGGAACUCUCUAAAAUGUCGCAGCUACCAUUGCUGCUUCUUAUAGUUUCUGCAUCCGUGGUCCUCGGCGGAUAUAGUUCCUCCACCGAUGAGGCUGGAUCAACAGAUGCCUCCAAUUCCAUUGGUGGCACCAAGUGCGACAAGAACCCGCUGAGUGAACUUACGUUCCAGCUGAGUGGCAGCAGCCUCCACUGGCCCUGUGAGUCCACCAAGAACAUAUAUGUCCAAUCCGGCAGAUAUGUGCCCCGGAAUGUGAUUGUGACUCGGGCUCAGCUGCAGAGGGAUUCCGCCUUUGUGGCUCUGCCUAGGUACAAACAGGGCGUGCCCUUCACCCUGGGUAAGGUCAACCUGAAGAAGGGCGAGUGCCUGACCAAGAUCGCCCCGUAUCCCUGCUGGGCCAUCCAGGAGGAGGGCAACUGCCAGGCCCUUCAAUCAGUCGUGGACAUCGCCGUCGAUCAGAAUGGACUUCUUUGGGCCUUGGACGUAGGCAUUGUCAACACUCUGGAGCAGCCCAUCCGUAGGUGCAGCCCAAAGAUCGUGGCCAUAAACACGGCCAACAACAAGGUGGUCAAGAGCAUCGACCUAAGUGACCUGGUCACCUCGGAGAGUCGUCUGCAGUUUAUUGUGGUCGAUUACUCCAAGGACAAUAAGCCAUUCGUUUAUGUGGCUGAUGCCGGAGCACGGAGCAUCCUGGUGUACGACAUCACCGGCAACAAGUCCUACCGUAUUGUCCUGCCGAAGGCCACCGCCCCCACCACCGAUGUCCUUUACGUGGCCCUCACCUCGAAACCGGACGGAACCUCCACCUUGUUCUUCAGCUACUUAAGCUCUUCACGUCUCUACUCCAUUAAGGGCGAGUAUUUGCGUGUGGGCCAGGGAGCUGGUUCCAUCAUCGAUGUGGGUCCCAAGCCCUACGGAAAACAAGCGGUUCUCCUGGGCGCAGAUGGAGGCACCUCUCUCUUCUUCCGCUACAAGGGCGAGAACGACAUUUACCUGUGGGACUCGGAGACCUGCUUCAAGGCCGCCAAUCUGCAAGAGGUGCAACGGGGUGGUGACUGCCGUCUUUCCACCCAAGUCCUGCCAGGACACAAGCGGUUCAUGUGGGCACUGGAGAGCAACUUCCACGACUUCAUCUCUGAUCGAACGGGCUGCAACGGAGCUUCGAUCGUCCUGCAUCCGGUGGUGCGGGAGUGCGACGACUGAACCAAGAUAACUUCAUUUUAUUAGGUUUAAGAUUCCAUUGAAUUGUUGUCGUUAUAGAGUCGUCAUUACAAUUUUUGUGAAUGUUUGAAAUCUGUUUUAAAUUUAUUAACAAAAA